AGAGAGAGCUGUGGUUGCCGGAAGUUGAGCGGCGGUAAGUGAGCCGCGGCGGGCGAGGGUGUAGUGGGGUCUUGCUGGGCCGGUUUUGGAGGCCUGGAGUCAAGGGGCGAGCUCGCCAGGGAGGGCGAGGGUCACAGCAAGUCUCAGGAUCCUCCUCUGCCAGCUUCUGGGUGGUCCUUCCUCCUCCAGGGACUCACUGAUUCCGGCUAUCGCCCUUCGUCUGUAGCCGCGUCCCCUCAGACUGGUUCAGUCCGGGGUCUUCUGACUUGGAAGCUCGUGCUGAUUUCCUAAGUCAGCCCCUCCUGUCCUCUUGGCAAGAAAUAAUGGCGGCAGCUACGGGGGAUCCUGGACUCUCUAAACUGCAGUUUGCCCCCUUUAGUAGUGCCUUGGAUGUUGGGUUUUGGCAUGAGUUGACCCAGAAGAAGCUGAACGAGUAUCGGCUGGAUGAAGCUCCCAAGGACAUUAAGGGUUAUUACUACAAUGGUGACUCUGCUGGGCUGCCAGCUCGCUUAACAUUGGAGUUCAGUGCUUUUGACAUGAGUGCUCCCACCCCAGCCCGUUGCUGCCCAGCUAUUGGAACACUGUAUAACACCAACACACUCGAGUCUUUCAAGACUGCAGAUAAGAAGCUCCUUUUGGAACAAGCAGCAAAUGAGAUAUGGGAAUCCAUAAAAUCAGGCGCUGCUCUUGAAAAGCCUGUACUCCUCAACAAGUUCCUCCUCUUGACAUUUGCAGAUCUAAAGAAGUACCACUUCUACUAUUGGUUUUGCUAUCCUGCCCUCUGUCUUCCAGAGAGUUUACCUCUCAUUCAGGGGCCAGUGGGUUUGGAUCAAAGGUUUUCACUAAAACAGAUUGAAGCACUGGAGUGUGCAUAUGAUAAUCUUUGUCAAACAGAAGGAGUCACAGCUCUUCCUUACUUCUUAAUCAAGUAUGAUGAGAACACGGUGCUGGUUUCCUUGCUUAAACACUACAGUGAUUUCUUCCAAGGUCAAAGGACGAAGAUAACAAUUGGUGUAUAUGAUCCCUGUAACUUAGCCCAGUACCCUGGAUGGCCUUUGAGGAAUUUUUUGGUCCUAGCAGCCCACAGAUGGAGUAGCAGUUUCCAGUCUGUUGAAGUUGUUUGCUUCCGUGACCGUACCAUGCAGGGGGCGAGAGACGUUGCCCACAGCAUCAUCUUCGAAGUGAAGCUUCCAGAAAUGGCAUUUAGCCCAGAUUGUCCUAAAGCAGUUGGAUGGGAAAAGAACCAGAAAGGAGGCAUGGGACCAAGGAUGGUGAACCUCAGUGAAUGUAUGGACCCUAAAAGGUUAGCUGAGUCAUCAGUGGAUCUAAAUCUCAAACUGAUGUGUUGGAGAUUGGUUCCUACUUUAGACUUGGACAAGGUUGUGUCUGUCAAAUGUCUGCUGCUUGGAGCCGGCACCUUGGGUUGCAAUGUAGCUAGGACGUUGAUGGGUUGGGGCGUGAGACACAUCACAUUUGUGGACAAUGCCAAGAUCUCCUACUCCAAUCCUGUGAGGCAGCCUCUCUAUGAGUUUGAAGAUUGCCUAGGGGGUGGUAAGCCCAAGGCUCUGGCAGCAGCGGACCGGCUCCAGAAAAUAUUCCCCGGUGUGAAUGCCAGAGGAUUCAGCAUGAGCAUACCUAUGCCUGGGCAUCCAGUGAACUUCUCCAGUGUCACUCUGGAGCAAGCCCGCAGAGAUGUGGAGCAACUGGAGCAGCUCAUCGAAAGCCAUGAUGUCGUCUUCCUAUUGAUGGACACCAGGGAGAGCCGGUGGCUUCCUGCCGUCAUUGCUGCAAGCAAGAGAAAGCUGGUCAUCAAUGCUGCUUUGGGAUUUGACACAUUUGUUGUCAUGAGACAUGGCCUGAAGAAACCAAAGCAGCAAGGAGCUGGGGACUUGUGUCCAAACCACCUUGUGGCAUCUGCUGACCUCCUGGGCUCAUCGCUUUUUGCCAACAUCCCUGGUUACAAGCUUGGCUGCUACUUCUGCAAUGAUGUGGUGGCCCCAGGAGAUUCAACCAGAGACCGGACCUUGGACCAGCAGUGCACUGUGAGUCGUCCAGGGCUGGCCAUGAUUGCAGGAGCCCUGGCCGUGGAAUUGAUGGUAUCUGUUUUGCAGCAUCCAGAAGGGGGCUAUGCCAUUGCCAGCAGCAGUGACGAUCGGAUGAAUGAGCCUCCAACCUCUCUUGGGCUUGUGCCUCACCAGAUCCGGGGAUUUCUUUCACGGUUUGAUAAUGUCCUUCCCGUCAGCCUGGCAUUUGACAAAUGUACAGCUUGUUCUUCCAAAGUUCUUGAUCAAUAUGAACGAGAAGGAUUUAACUUCCUAGCCAAGGUGUUUAAUUCUUCACAUUCCUUCUUAGAAGACUUGACUGGUCUUACAUUGCUGCAUCAAGAAACCCAAGCUGCUGAGAUCUGGGACAUGAGCGACGAUGAGACCAUCUGAGAUGGCCCCGCUGUGGGGCUGACUUCUCCCCGGCCGCCUGCUGAGGAGCUCUCCAUCGCCAGAGCAGGACUGCUGACCCCAGGCUUGGUGAUUCUGGGCCCCUCCUCCAUACCCUGAGGUCUGGGAUUCCCCCCUCUGCUGCCCAGGAGUGGCCAGUGUUCGGCGUUGCUCGGGAUUCAAGAUACCACCAGUUCAGAGCUAAAUAAUAACCUUGGCUUUGGCCUUGCUAUUGACCUGGGACUUGGUCCUCCAUGCAGUUUUUAUUUCUUGUCACAGUGACUGAUAGCCAUCCCCCAGGAUCCUUUCCCCUUGGCCCUGAGGGGGUGACCCAACACAGACCAAAUGGGGAAAUGAGCAACCAGCUCCUGCCCAGAGCCACUGCGGGAGGUGGCACCCUCAUCCCCGGAAUGUGCUGCCCACCGCACCGCAGGCUCCUCCUGUGGGGGCCCUGGGCAUGGGUGAGGGUGGGACCCUGUGAGCGCACUGCACCCUGGCCCUGGUGGAGCGGGAGGAGGAGGAGAGCCGAGCUGGGUGCGAGACUAAAGGGCCCCCAUGACCCAGUGACACCAGAUUUCCACCGAGGACUGAGCGAGCUGCUCAGACGUGGCUUUCUGCCUCCCAGCCUGUCCUCCACUGUGGGCACAGCAUCUGUGCCUGCCUGCCUGCUUGAGGGAGAGGAGUUUCUGCUGCUGCCUUGAGCUGGGGGAAGAGCCCAGGGGCAGAUCCUGGCAGCUGCCUGGAUGGGGCUCCUCCCUGCCCUUAUGAGCAUGCCAGGCCCAGAAAGGCCGAGCCUGGGCUGCCUUCCUGCCCCAGCCGAGGGAGGGGUCAGACGGCUCUACCGUGGGUAACUCAGGCAAGAGCUGGUUUUCCUCUUUAUUCUGGGUGUGUGCAGCUGUGAGGCCCCAACCCAGGAGAGGCCAUGGCCUAGGUACCUGUGACCACCCUGCCCCGUGUAGAAGGCAUCGUCUUUCCUGCUAUUUUAUUCUUUCAGCUUUUGUCUUAGGCCCAGAAUCAAAGUGAAAAUUGAGUCGAGCUGACCCUUACAACAGUAGGAUUGAGUAGGGUGGAUUUCAAAUGAGGCUUCGCUUCUCCCAAAGUAGCCAGUCCAAGUUCCAGUGGCUGUCGUUCAGCUCAUGGGAGCUUCAUGGGGACACAGCCGGCACAGGUGCAGGGCCCGAGUCCGCCCACCCAGCCUGGCGCUGAAACUCUGGGGUUGAAGAUGCACACGUACACUAUGUGGUUUAAGAGCACUUUAUUAUUGUUCUUAAGGCUACUUUUAAGUACAAAAAAAGAUGGCCUGCCAAACCUUUUUUUUUCUUCUUCCAGGAAAAACAGGCCACAGAGAAUGGUAUAUUACAGAUUUACACACAUGAAGAGAAGGUCAGAGCGCACUGCAGGCAGCGCGGCUCUGGGAAGAACUUCACGGAGCCCCUUCUUAGAGCAGGGAGGGGGCUCUUUCUCAGUGAAAUGUUUGGUUUUCUGCUGCCUCCUCUGCCCCAGGCCCCCCUCCAGGGUACUGCCUAUCCCAGAUAGGUCAGUGCACCAGGGACCCGGCCGCCAGCACCGCCGACCCCUCCCAGAGUGACGCCCUUGUUCACUGACAAAGAGACCUGUCCCAGGAGUGUCCUCCACCGAGCCGGUCAGCAGUGGGUGGUUUUCCUGUUACGACGCUCAGUAGCCUGUAGCAAUAACAAACUCGUGGCUAUGAAUGCAGAUGCAGUGUUCUCAUAGAAUAACUGUUCCUGCACUUUUACAGACAAAUCUACGACAAAAAAAAAGAUCAACUUUUUUUUUUCCAAACAACAACAACAAAAAUGAAUGAUUACAAUAGGAAAGGGAAAAAUUAAAUAGCUACAUAUCAUUAACAAAUUAAUGUUCUUCAAAAAAUACCUACAAAUUUCUCUGUACAUUCUUUACGCACAGCGUAACGAUGGUCUCAAAAUCACCCAUAUAGAAAAGUGUUCUCAACGAUUUUUCCUACAGAAAAUAUAGGGGCCUGAAUGCCAAAGCUUGGAAGCCCAGUACAGUGGGAGUGAAAUGUGUGCGGGGCAAGGAGAAGGGCUUUUCUUUCCUCCACUUUCCAAAGGCCUGCAGCCACUCUGUGACUACAACAAGAGCCAGUCCUCCGACCUUUUCACCCAGUGCCAAUUUCCAAAAUUCAACAGCUAGAAACUGUAAAACCGGGGGUCGUACAGUGUGCAGAGUCCACGAAGCCUUGCAGGUGAGGUGACCACGCCCAUGUCACCUGGUCAGGUGCCAUCGUCGUGAGCCUCUGGUGGGCCAGGUGGGACACAGCACACCCCAGGGGGAGGGGAUAGAAACGCUCAUUGACCAAAAAGGAGCAGCUGUGACCUCCACAGCUGUGUCUGUCAUGCUUGCUUCAUCUAAUUUCUAGUUAGUAGCUAUUAAUAUAGCAAAUAAUAAAUGCAGUAAUAACAGUAUAAAGUCAGAGGAAUGUAUACUGCCUUGGCCCCAGCGUACGAGGAAGCGUAUAAAACACCGUAUCACAGAUUGUCAGUAAUCUGCUGUUCAGCCAAGAGAGUUCAAAGGGAGCAGUUUCUGCAUGUAGGGAAGUUGGAAGGCACAAACCCCACCUCCCCUGGGAGCUGGUAACAAAGCAGACGGGGGUGCAAAAAUAAAUGAUGUCAGCCUGCAGCCAGACUCCAGCAUCCCACACCGCAGCUGACCCACUGCUCACCGCGAGGGCCUGCCAGGAGCUGGCCUCCCGCACUACUUGUGAGUAAAGUGAAUAUCAAAUACAAAUCUAGAGUACAACUGUACCAGCAGUAAGUAUAUCUAGGACUGUAACUGACAAAAAUAAACUAAUUCUGAAAAGAAGAGAGUAAGUAAGUAUUAAGGUUUUUGUUUACUGUCUAUAUAAUUAAUAGAAACCAGCUAUUUUUUCUCCAUUAAAACAUGCAUCACGUUUAAAGCACUAUGGAAUCCUCCAACCUCAGCUCUAGUCUAACAAACUGCAGUGUUCAGAGAAGAUAAAAUGCCCGUGAUUGGUAGAGUCUGCAGUCCAGUUGCAAGCACCUGAAAUCUAGAGAGAGAAAGACCUAUAACCUGUAUGAGACUUCCCCUUCCAAAGCUGUAUUGUCUAGAUUAAAAAAAAAAAACAAAAA